AAAAAAAAAGAAAAAGAAAAAGAUUCUCCCGUCCUCGCACCACCCCCGGCUCGUCCCUCGUUGGUCCAGACUGGAUGAGAGCGCUGCAGCAUCAGCGGAUGACAGGGAGUAAACGCCGGGCCGCUGCGCCCCUCCACCAGCCUCACAUUCCAACACACAGGACCGGCAUCGCAGAGCAGAGAAGAAAUGCGCCGAUGCAGGCAAUGUAGGGGAAUGUUAACCUUUUUUGGCAUUGCCGCUCAUCAGAAACGGAGUUCCAUACCAAAGCUUUCGUUUGAAACGCCACUGGUUGAAAUCACUGCAAGCUAGCAGCAACAUCACUUGGCAAUUGAGGGAGACGUGUUCCUGUGAGCUGACCACCGCGUACAUUCCUCUAUGUGCUGGAUGAAAAAUGCCAAGCCUACUGAUAUAGAUAUAGUAGCUGAAGUAGCGGAAAAUACAGGAAUGCAAUUUCUGCUGUUUGGGAUAACCGGUUGUGUAAGCUGCUCUGAUAAAACUGUGACUGUGGAGCUCAUGUGUUUUUGCAGUCAGCGCAAUCAAGGUGAAGGGAGCUAGCCCGUUAGCUCUUGAGCUAUGCGGGCAGUACGAGAAUGGGAAAUGAUAUCGCACUGAAUGCGUUUGAUAUUUAAAUGUCUACUUUGGAGGAAAAAAAAGGGAAAAGCACGUGAGAAGUGUGCACUUUAGCUUUGCACGGUGCUCUUCUUCCACAUUGGAUAAUAGUGCUCGUCACUGACGAUGAUGAUGAUGUGAGUUCAGCGUAUGAGGAAUGCCAGGAGAUGCUUGAUAUCUAAAAAAAAAAAAAAAAAAAAAAAAAAAACUUGACGUACCAAUAUAUGAAAGUUUGGUAAUAUUACAUAUCACAUCUGCAUGCUUUUCAUGCUAGCAGAAAACUCAAUGCUAUCUCCCUAAAACCCACAGUAUAACAUGUCGAUUCUGGCAUUGCACUGUAUAUUUUGAUAAAGACUAGUGUACUUAGGGUCGGUGCCAAACAGUCAUAUCAUCACAAUAUAAACGCAUUAUUAUAUAUUCUAUAUACUGGUAUUUGAUUACCAAUCACCACACAUGCUUCGUUCAGGUUUAAAUGUUAAAUGCAAAAAGUCUUUGUGGCAAUUAUUUGCAUUAGCUGACUUAAGGGGAUGCCAAAGCAUUUUGACGGGCUGAUGAUUCACUCAACAGGAAAAAAUUAGGAAGUUUUUGAAACCCCUGUUCUUCAAAGGCCUAUGGUGAAAUUACCCAACGGCUGUUUGAUGAGCUGCAAAGGAAAGCCAGCUCUCCUCGGAUCGCCUCUGAAGUCGAGCUGACAGAAGCUGGUGGAGUUUGUUUGAAAGAGUUGAGCAGGUUGUGAACGCACUUCCUUAUGUUACGUGCAGCACUGUAUAUAUUAUCGAGCCUCACAAUGAACGGAGCCUGCAACUUCUUUGUCAACCCGUGCGGAUGACACCUCCGCCGCCGGCGCCUUUCAAAAGCAAACAGCGGGCGAAAACAAGCAGUCGCUGAGACAAAAGUGUUUUUAUAUAUACAUUUGGCUAAAAGCAAGUCGGUUAGCCAUGUUGCUGGCUGCAUAUGACCGGACCGGACUGCUCAGACUAAUGUAUAGUGUUUCCAAAAUCUUUUUUUAGUCUGUGACGUACGUGUACGUGUAGAUGUAUAGUGGAGUUAUUUUGGCGUCGUCGUCGUGACAGUUCCUGGUUGCUAUGGCAUUUUUAAACGGCCCCCGACUGCUGGACUGGACGAAUUCUCCUCCACAUUUACAGUUCAACAAAUACGUCCUGACCGGCUAUAGACCCAUCUCCUCCGUCCAGGAGUGCAUCAAAAGUCUCUUCUAUCUGCACAAUGAGCUGGGGAACAUCUACACACAUGGAAUCCCUCUACUCUGCUUCCUGGUGCUGCUCCCACUCAACAUUCCCUGGUCGCAGAUCAGUGUGACGUGGCUCGGCGUGGUGCACUUCUUGGCCUGUUUAUCUCCACAGCUGGGCUCAGUGGUCUACCAUCUCUUCAUGAACCAUGAGGGUGGUGAGCCCAUCUACAAAACCCUGCUCACGCUUGAUAUGUGUGGAAUCUGCAUGAUCAACACGCUAGGAGCUCUGCCAAUUGUGUACAUCACUUUACUCUGCUACCCCUUCACCCGCACAGUGGCUCUGCUGGUGUACAUUCUGCUGUCCAGUUACGCAAUCUAUUGUGCUGUCACAGCAUGCAGCAGAGUACGACGCUUUCGUUCCUUUGCCUGGCAGGCACUUUUCCGCUUCUCAUUUUUCCUACUGCGCUGGGUGGGUGUGGGUGGCGGGAGUCCCACCUCACUGCGUCACUUCGUCACUAUGGAUGCACUAGCAGUGUUAGGCGGGAUCAUCAAUAUCACCCGGAUUCCCGAGCGUUUUCGUCCUGGCCUCUUUGACUACUGGUGCAACAGCCAUCAGAUCAUGCAUGUGCUGGUGGUGGUUUCUAUACUGUACUUGCACUGGGGGGUGUUGGACGACCUACUGUGGAUCAACAGCCAUGAUUGUCCCUCAGACUGACAGUGGCUCUGCUGGUCUGGAUUACAGGGCAUGAGGACCUCUUUUAGUAGAUUAAUGGUUGGAGGGAGGGGGCAGUUGUGCUUUGUAUAUAAAUGUGCACGAAAGUCCAUAAUAAGUGUUUUACAUGUUUUUUUAGGAGACACCAGUGCCAGCUUCGACACACAUGCUUGUUUGUGCCAUCAUUUGCCAGAAUGUACAUAUCUGUGUUUAAAAAACAACAUUGUCUGUGCAUGGCACUGUUUAGAUCUAGUCAGAAUAUAUUUUGUUUUGAGAUGUACACAUUCUACAGGCUUACACUCACAUUUAUAUGCAUACACACAAACGGGGUCUGACAUUAUUUGAUGUCAUAUAUAUACACCAGCACUGAAAACAUUUAUUAUACAGCCUCUAACCUUUUGUUAAGCUGAAAAACAAACAAACAAACAAAAACAAAAAAACAUGAAAGGCAAGAUUGAGCCCUCAAAUGAUUGGCUGUAAAAAGCAAGACUUACCAUAUCACAUAAUCUAAAACCAAUUGCUCAAAAUAGUAGUUUGAAAGCAUGUCUUUUGUGAAAAUGAAUUAAAGUUUAUCUGUAUUCUCAAUUUUGCUGGUGAAGUGGAAACCAGUGCAGAAAUGAUGAGUGCACUGAAUUAGACCUCCAACUUUCAGAAGCUACUCUAUUGCAGACUAUGCAGCAUAUCAGUUGUUACGUCAAUGCCUACUAAUGACACACACACACACACACGCACACACAUACACUAUGUACUGUAGGGCCAGUAACACAGCAAGAUUUACUGGAAAUACUUGAGUAUGAGUUAUCACACUGUGUCUCUAUUUGUGUUUUUAUUUAUUCAUGUCCGUUAACUGUUAUUAAUGGGCAAAAGUGGUCAUUCCUUGGUUUGUAGACUUGCCAUUGAUAUGUUUACUGGCUGAUUACAUUUGCGGAGUGCCCUUUAGUGACUUUAGUCAGGAAAGUUUGUUAGCACCUGUAAAGGGGCAUUUAUUUAAUGCAAUUUUUUGCAGUAGCAUGACUUUAACAUGGAAAGGUUUUAUGUUACCUGCAGAAGAAGUUCUUUGCUAUGCUACUGAACAGUCCUUUCAAAUCUUGUACACUCAUGGUUGAAUAUCCUAAUCUGCCAUUUGGAAGAUUGGAUUUUGUACUGCUCUAAAAUAGAUUUAAUUUAUUUUUUACCUUUAACCUCAAUUAUCUGUGUAAACUCGGAUUCUAGACUAGGCAAAUUAUUUUCUUAAUGGUGGGCUGUUUGCUCAAAGGCGUUAAUUCUGUGCUAGUUAUCUUCGAACUCUGCACACCUGAUGUUCCUCAUCAUCAAAUGUGGCAGAGGAAUAAUAAACUCUGCAAUGGGGCAGUAUUGCCCAUACUAUUAGACUAUGAAGUGGGGACACUUAAGACUAGCAUAACAUUGUCAUAACAUUGGUACUACUCACCUGUGCUAAAUGUAUGCCAUAUACAUCACUGAAGCAACUUCUCAGUGUUAUUUAUCUCUGCCCCUGGUUAUGGGAUGAAUAUGAUUGAAUACAUUUCAGAAUGGUCUCUCUGAUUUAAGUUUAGCUGACUAAAGACUCCUGGUUUAACAGAGCUGUUUACAGUACUAAUGCUGAACAAUUAUGGAGAUGUUUUUGGGCUGUAUUAUAAGGCAACAGCAUUUUUUACACAAUUUGGAUGUGUUACUUUAGAACACAUAUGCACAACUGUGUAGAACAAACCAAGGAUGGCUCCUUCAACCCUUCCAACCUUUUUAACAAGUGGAAAAACAAACAACAGAAUGUGAUAGGUUCAGUCACCAUAUCACAAUGUAACUUGAAAAUCAAGAUAAUUGAGGUCUAUGUAAUGAGGUAAUGUUUAUAAUGUUGUUUUGCUAUUUGAAAUGUAAUGUUUUAUUUGAAUGAAUGCCAAAAGAGACCAACUACUACUAUUUUUAAUUUUGACCAGUUGAAUCAAACAUAUCUUCACAUUGCACAACCACAGCACUCUCCAACCUUUAGUAGAGGUCAGUUUUAUUAGUGUAGAAUCAGUGCAUGUUAGAUAGCAUGUUGCUCAGUUGUAUCUGAGAAACAAAUGCAAACUUAAACACACUAUGCCAAAUUAACUGUGUUAGGACCUCAGGUGUUGCACAUGAUGGUCUUGUUCUUUACCAGAUGAGGGUCACACACGGCAUAUUUUGGUAUUUACUUUUAACACAGUCCCUCAGAACAGGGCACAGUUACCCCAACCCCUUAAAUGUUAUAAAAAUAUUUAUCACAAACAUUGGACUUCAAGUAGUGCAUGUAAGUAGAUGGAACAAUGGUAAAACCCCUUAAACACAACAUAGGAGUUUCUAAUGCUUGUGCAUUGCAACCACUAACAUGUGUGCUUAACGUGCAGUAACAGAGCUAAUGCAUCAAAUGUAUGUCUAAUGAAAGGGAAUGAAACAGAAAGCAUUCCAGAGGCAAUACAACCAUAUCAGAUAAUUAACUGCACGGUUUAUUUUUAAGCAAAAGGGCUUUGAAUAGAAGUAAAACCAUUUAAGAAUUUAAAGUCCAUAUAGGUAAUGUAAAUACCUGUAUGUAGACUGUAUAUGCAUUAAAAUGCAAGCAGCAUACAUACUGACAUUUUUGUAUAUUAUAUAAAGCAACAAUAUUCUAGAAAAUAUAUGUAUGUUUUUGUAUUUCAUCUCAGAGGGUAACAUUCAAUAUGAAUUGUCCAAUUUCUUCUCAAAGACAGUACAGAUUCAUGAUUUGACUAUUCAGUGAGCAGUUUAAAAGUCUUCUUCAAAAAGCGAAAAUUGUGAUAUCACAAUGCCAGUGACAAUUGUUGAGGUCUGACAGGGGAGCUAGCUAACAAUGCUGUUACAAUCUCUAGGAGGGUCAGCAGCAACAUUAUAACAGUCUUUAAAACUAUGAUGUGGUCUUGGUUUUGACAGUUUAGAAAACAUUGGCAAAAUCUCUUUUUUUACAUAAUGAAAGACUUGGAGAGCUGGCAAUAUUUAUGUUUUGGUUUGAGAAUGGGGGUCUUGAUAUGUAAUUACCUCUGAAACCCACUGGAUAACUAUGCAUAUCAAAAUAUGAACAUAUAUAUCUAUACACAGACAUGUUUGUACAUGUGAAUAAUAAUUAAUAAUGUACCAAUCCUGAAAGUAAACAAAUCUGUGUAUUUACACCAACAUAUUUUGCUCAGAGUUGUAUCUUUACCAUGCCAACCUGGGGUUUCCUCUUCUCAGGGUUCCCUGUCAGUACACACUUGUACUGAGUGACCUCAACAACUGAUUUUGGGCCAGUUUUCUUUUCAUCCUGUCAUGUCUUCUUCAAUAGAUUGUGGUUAAAAUAAAGGACUGCCAGAAUAGUGGCCGGACAGUAAUAUGUUUGUAAGGUAUCAGGCAUUUUGGUCAUGCAUCUUCUUUGAUGCAUAUUCCCUUUGUGGGACUGAAUGUGUGUCCAUAUACUAAUCAAGAAUGUGUUUAUUCAUGUAGUUUGUUAAGAGUUGUGAGAAUGUGCUGAGCAUGUUACACUGGAGCCCAAAAAGAAAUGGAUUGCAUCACAUGUUUCUUAGGAGGAGCAUGGAUGAUGUUCUCAUGAAUGACGUUCUCCUGUCUGUAUAUUCUAUUGUCCUGUGGUAAAAAAAAAAAAAAAAAUUGAGAAAAAAAAAAAAUGACAUGAUGUACGAAACUAUAAUAACAUUUUUUUUUUCAUUGUAUGCAGGUGCUGGAUAGCCUGUUAAAUAUAAUUUACAAACUAUUCAUCAUUAGUUACAUUUCACAUUAUUAUGACAAUAGAAAUAUUGUCGUAAUUAUUACUAUUAUUCUGAGAUGGAUUACCACUAUCAAUGAAAAUCUUAAUUUACGUACAAAGGCUGAGAAUACUAAUGCACAUAGGGUGAUAGGAGGUCUCUGAAAGAUCUGUCUUUUUUUUUGUUCUCACGCUUGCAAAUGUCUGUGGAAUUUAGUUGUUUUGUGCCAUCUGGUGGCCAAAGUUCUUUAGUGGUUCUUGUAUGUCGAUAACGGCACACAUGAUGUUUGGCUUAAUCAUGCUGACCUUCUAGAAGUCAAGCGAAGUCACUCGUUGAGCUCCAUUGAUUGUUUAUAUUUCUUGUUGUUUUAUUGGGUCGUCUAAACUCAUUCAUUGGAAACGUUGCCAUAACUUUGGUAUUACAUAAACAUUUCGUGUUGUAAUUGGUUUUAUCUAUAAGUGUAUAUUUCUGUUGGUUUAUUUUAUGGACCUAUAUUUCUCUCUCUGUCUAUUUGUUUGUCCACGGUAACAUUUGUUCACAGACAGAUCUUCCAAACCCCACAGUCUCCUGCAGCGAUUGUGCAAUAAA